UGCUCUUAGCUCCGCGUAGGCAGAAACUUCCCUGUCAACUCGUCCAAUCAGAGUUUCCUGACAAGCUGGAAGUUAGUUGCUACGUCCUCAUACAAAUCCUAAUGUCAGUCAGAGUUGUGGCGAUGAGGUUUGGUGAAGAAACCUACAACUUUCUCUAAGUUUCUUCUGUGAAUUUGAUUGCUUUUGCGGCUGAAACAUAGUGUUCCCCGGCGGUAGGAGAUGAAGGGAGUGGUACGGUCGGUAUGGGGAAAUAACUAAUACAUUGUAACCUUUGUGGAGGGCUUCAGGAGUCAAUGCAUGCUGUAUCUCUGACUGACAACUCUGCUGCUACUGCUAUUUGUAAUACUGCUAGCAUGCCACGCAGGCAGCUGACAUCUCCAAAGAAAAGAAAACUUUUCCUACGACUCAGAAGUGACCCACACUGUCACGGUAGGAUACUUUGACACUGUUUGUAGUUUCACGAGGAUUACUAUUUUAAAAAACGUGAAAAUGAUGAAGGUUAGGAGAUACUUGAGGGGGAGUGGGAGGGUCCUGGGGUUUGUGUUCAUUGCCUCUGUCGUUUGGCUGCUCCUGGACAUGGCAGCACUUCGCAUAUCACUAAACGAUCAGACUGGUCAGCUGCUGAAGGAGCAAGUGAUAAAAGAGAGGCAUCUUUUCAAACAGCAGUCCAGGGUGACACAGCAGAUGAGACGGGGCUUUAAACACCCAGUUCAGAGGAUAGACUUGGCUGCUACAGAGACGGAAUUAGGACUACUCAAUUCAAGCAACAAACUCAGCCAUGUGUACAGACAGGGUGGCAAGAAACAGGAACAAAUGUUUGGAGAUAAAAAGGUUAACUCUGUACUGCACAAAGGAGAUUCUCUAACAAAGGCUGACAAACCAAAAGCUUCUGAACAAAAAGAAGAAGGUGCCUUAAAAAUUGUUACCCCAAAGCAGGGUGAUCCUGCAAAGAAAAAAGCAGUAAACUGGGACCUAAAUGGGCAAAAAGUAGAGCAAGUCCAUAAUGACUCUAAUAAAGUAGAGGCAAUUAAAACCAAAGUGCCACCUGUUGUUCAGGAAAACAAGAAUGCACUGUUUCCAACCCCAAAGAAGGGACCAGGACAAAAUGAAAAUGCAGUGGAAAUUCCUCUACACAAAGCUGAUUCAAAGAAAAAAAUCAAGGAUGAAGCUGAGAGCAUGACUGAAACUAAAGCCAGUCAGCACAAGGUGGAGGAUUCACAUCCUUCAAAAGCAACACUUGAACCUCCACACAAGGAUGUGAAAGACAAGGGGGUGAAACCUAAAGCAGAGGACAACAAGGUGGAGACGUUUGCCAAAGGUGAUCUGAAUGCAGUGGAGGAAACCUUGAAACCCACUAUCAAGGUUCAAGCAGGGAAGGACUUCAAAAAAGAACCCAAAGUUGUGAAGAAGUCAGGUCUCCACAAAGUGCUCUCUAUGGAUGUUACAAACGCUCCCAGAGACGCCCAUGCAGUCGGCCAGUUUGGCCAGGCGGCAAAUGUAGCCAGUGCUGAAAAUGUGGAGGUGAGGAAGAGAUGGGAUGAAGGACAUUUUAAUGUAUACCUAAGCGACCAGAUCCCAGUGGACCGAGCCAUUCCAGACACGAGGCCUGACACGUGUGUAAAGAAUCUUGUCCACAAUGACUUGCCAUCCACAAGUGUGAUUUUCUGUUUCGUGGAUGAAGUGUGGUCCACGCUCCUCCGUUCGGUGCACAGUGUGCUAAACAGAUCUCCUCCACACCUCCUCACAGAGAUCAUUCUGGUGGAUGAUUUCAGUACCAGAGAUUAUCUGAAGGAGAAGCUGGAUAAGUACAUGUCCAAGUUUCCCAAAGUACGAAUCAUUCGUCUGAACGAGCGCCAGGGCCUGAUCAGGGCCAGACUGGCUGGAGCUGCUGUAGCCAAAGGUGAGGUCCUUACCUUUCUCGACUCCCAUGUUGAAUGUAAUGUUGGCUGGCUGGAGCCGCUUCUGGAGAGAGUCUACCAGGAUCCCAGGAAGGUGCCCUGUCCUGUUAUUGAAGUCAUCAAUGAUAAGGACAUGAGUUACAUGUUUGUUGACAACUUCCAAAGAGGUAUUUUCAAAUGGCCUCUGGUGUUUGGCUGGAGCCCAGUGCCAGAGGACUACAUAAAGAAGAAUAACAUGACUGAAUCAGAUCCAAUCAGAUGUCCAGUUAUGGCUGGAGGCCUUUUCUCCAUAGACAAAAAAUACUUCUAUGAACUUGGCGCGUAUGAUCCUGGCUUGGAUGUGUGGGGUGGUGAGAACAUGGAGAUUUCAUUUAAGAUCUGGAUGUGCGGAGGGGAAAUCGAGAUCAUCCCCUGCUCUAGAGUUGGGCAUAUCUUCCGUGGAAAGAAUCCCUACAAAUUCCCAAAAGACAGACAGAAGACAGUAGAGCGUAACCUGGCAAGGGUGGCUGAAGUCUGGCUGGAUGAGUAUAAGGACCUUUUCUACGGCCACGGCUACCACCACCUGCUGGGGAAAAAGUUUAUUGACGUCGGCAACCUCACUGACCAGAUUGAACUGAGGAAGAAGCUCCAGUGCAAGAGCUUCAAGUGGUACCUGGAUAACGUGUAUCCAGACAUGGACGCUCCCUUAGUGAAAGCAGAUGGCCUGGUAUUUAAUCGUGGAUUAAGGAAGUGCCUCUCUCUACAGAAAAACACUCUGUUGUUUGAGACGUGUGAUCUCAGUAAGCGGAGUCAGCACUUUAACUACACCUGGACAAGGCACAUUCAGCACCAGGAUCUAUGCAUAGCACCACAUUACAAGGGCAACGGCUUUACUUUACAGCCCUGUGAAAGCACUAAGUCUGAGCUCAGCUGGGUCCACAGAUCAUCUAAGACUGCUAUGGGGGAACACCUCAUAGCAAAGUCUGUUGCCCUGCACAUGUGCCUGGAGGCGGGGCCUAAGGGGGACACUUUUCACCUCAACUCGUGCGAUUCCAGUAACUCUUUCCAAAAGUGGCAGUUCACUCACUACUACGCUCAGUGGUUCGACUGAAGUGAGUUUGAUGUGACUGUUGAGACGACAACGACACACCACUGACCAGAGGAAGUGAGGAACACAUUGUGGCAGUAAAAGGUGUGGUGUGAAGUACAGGGUGGGGGUAUGUGCAAUGUUUCUAAGGCCCUGUUACCAUAUCAGAACGGACUGACUUUUAAGUUUGAACACUUGGGCCUAAGAAAAUAGAGCAUCUUUUGUUUUUUUAUGAUUUGAACUGGCGUUCUCAUUUUAGGAAAGAUGCUUUGCACUGGCAUCUGGGGGAAAAAAGACUAAAAUUCAUCAGAUGCCAAAGGGAAAUGUAUGAUUUCAGUGCCAAAGAUAGAGUGCCUUGAAGAUUUGGGAUGUCAAAAAGUGACUUACUUUUUUUUGUGCUGGGACUAAAUAAUGAGUGGAGGUAGUGUACAAUUGAUUCCUUAUGAAAGUGAUAUCGAUCACCCUGUUUUGGUGAGACAUCAUCUUUUUUUUGUGUGUUUUACUUUUUGUUUGAUGAGGAUUCUUGGUGAACAGCUGCUUCUCUGGUUUUUAAUAACUGUAAUUAAGGUGUAGGUUUUUUUGCUGUGAAAACUCUUGUUGUAUGAAUUCCUUCUUGUCACUAGGGGGAAGUGUUGAUUCAAAACACUCCAUAAACCUGUGCUGUGAUUUCAUGAUCAUGUAACCUGUUCUCAAACUCUUCAACCACACUGCAUUUUCUACAGAAAGUCAAAAUAAAAUGAUGAAGGUAAAGAUUUAA